AUGGAAGAUAGCCCGAACCGCCGCUCGCCCGGCGCCCACAACGCGGAGGCCCAGACGCCGGGCGCUCAAUCCGUGGAUCGCGGGUCAGACGGCGCCGCAGUUGGCGCCAAUACACCCGUGGUUGCGGGUGGUUACAUUGUGGGCGAGCGUCCGGCGCUGGUGAACGGCGGUCGCUCACUGGCGGUGGUGAACAACCAGAAGUCCACCAUAUACGAAUGCAAACGAGGUCAGAAAGUGGCAGAUUGCACGCUUCACGAUGACAUGAUCGUUUCCUGCGACACCUUCGCAUACGCCGAUGAUAUCGAUCUUGUCUUCACGGCGUCGAACGAUGGGAUACUGAAGAUCCUGGCAGUGGCGCAGCAGGAUGGUGGUACCGAGGAGCGAGCCCUGCUUGCGACAUUCCGCAUCUCGAACGGGGGGCUGCUCAGCGUGAGGCCUGCGAAAUCAAGCGGGCAGCUGGUCGGCGUGUACGCCAGUGGAGAGGGCACGGAAGAAACAACUGUGGUCCUCAUCGAACUGGAUUACGCAGCGCUGCUGGAUCCGGAUAUUCAAUUUCCACUCGAUCAGCCGAUACCGAUAUACGGCGGUGGAGUGGGUGGCGACAAUGGACAUCACGGCGGUUUCGCUAACACCGUCGACUCGAUGGAUGUGGAUGUUGCUAAUAAAAACGUAGCUGUAAAGGGGGCGGGGGACGCGGUUGUCGACAAAUGUAGUUUUGGUGGCAGUGACGCUUUGAGCGAUGCGACGGGCGGUGGUGCAACGGUGAACAUGGGCGAUGGCCAACAUGGCGGAACGCCAAGGAGCGCAGAUUCUGUGCGGAACAGUGCCGAUUUGUGUCGCACAUUGCACAAGAAAUUUGUCAAAUCACGUCGGACACUGUGCGUCUUGCCCUCAAGAGUGGAUGUCUUUGCGACGGAUGCGGAGGUCGACGCCAUCGCCUUCGCAGUUGGCAAAACCGCGAUGAUACUGAAUAUGGCGGCACGCAAGAUAGUGUUUUUCGAGUGUUUCGCAAGCAUCAGCUGCAUCGCAUUCUCAGAUUCGAACACGUUCGCCGUUGGUGACUCACGGGGCAGGAUAGCCGUGUACUGCAUCGAUACCACGAAGGAAGCGCCUGCCACCGACAACCUCGUCAUGACCUGCAACCUGCCCAACGACACAUUCGAGCUCAACGCCACGCAGUUCAGAAAAGUGCUGCUGGCCUUCCACUCCUCGUAUGCCGUCAUUCGGGAUGGGUCGGACAUGGGCGCUUUCGAAAACUUCAAGAAAGUGACCGCCUCGGUCAACACGCUCAUAUGGCACGCGCACGGAGUUAACUGCCUGGCCUUCAAUUCCAACAGCACGAUGCUUCUCUCUGGCGGAGAGGAGGGAGUCCUGGUGGUCUGGCACCUCAGCUCCGGCGCCAAGAAAUUCGUCACGCGGCUCGGCUCAGCGAUAUUCCACAUUUUGUGCCAGCCGGACCACGGGUGGUACAUACUUUGCUGCGAGGCCAAUGAGAUACUUUUCAUCGACCCUUUCGCGCUAUGCAUUCGCGGCAGGAUAGCUAGCGUGGCGGUGCCGGUGUACGUGGGCAUGAAGGUGAACAAGGACGUCAGCCUUACAGCGAUGCCACACGGCCCAUCGUCAGCGUCCUUGGCGGGAGGUGUACACGUCGACAUCAACCGGGCAAAUGUGUCGCUGACCAUAGGUGACUGUCCCACGACGCCCCUCAUUGAGCACUGGCCCAUGACGGUGGCAGACUGGGUUUCGCCGGCGGGCGACUGUCCUCCAGAGGUGGUGGGAGGCAACGUUGCCGUCUACUCACGGUCGAACAAGCUGCAGAUAUACAAUUACGUUCAUGACCGCGAAGUAGGGUCGCUCACGCUGAAGAACGUAAACAUACUGAGCCGGCAGGAUGACGAAUUCGGGCAGGAUUGGGAACUCGAGGGGCUGGCCAUAAGCACGGACGGGCGAGUGGUGGUAACCGUCCAGUCGCGAAGCGUGAUGAACUCCCCGUCGACCGCAGAUGCAGAGGGAAACCUGGGGAUGCUGCCAGCGUUUGAACACGAGCUGCUGCGAAACAACAAGAAGGGGUUGCUUAAAUUCUGGGUAAGGCAAGCUGCCGACGCUGGCAAUGGACACGAUACGGGGCACUAUGAGGAAAAUACUAAAAUAUCCAACCCGCAUGGACAUCGCACGACGUCCAUACGGCAACUGAACAGUGACUACGCAUUCCUCACCACGUCCCUGGAUUCAGAAUUCAAGCUGUGGCACCUCAUCCGCAAACGCGUGCUUCAGAGCGAUGACGUCUUCGCAACUUACAAGACGCUGCAGAUCGGGGAAUCCGACAGGAACGUGAAUCUCGACGAGCCUGGGAGCUGCAUGUGGUUGUGCGUCGCGGUUGGUUCCUACAAGAACCUGCCCUGCUUCUCCAGUUCCCUGGCGAUGUCCGGGGGUCUCAUUGCCGUGUCGCACGAUGUCGUAGUCACAUUCUGGCGCACGGACGCGCAAUGCAGCUCGAUAAAACUGCUUGGCGCAGUGCCGCUCGUCGACGACAGUGAGCCCACGCUCGACGAGGAGGAUAUGCAGGGGUUGGGAGGGCACCACAUGCUGGCGUUCAUCCACCCCGAUCAGCCAAGGCUGAUCCUACACUCCAAGCGGUCGCGGCUGGUAGUGGUGGACGUGGCGUCGGGUGUAAUCGUUUGGUCAUACCCACUGGCAGAGGGCCAGGUGGUUGAUCAGGUCAUCUACUCCCCGCAGCUACCGAACCUGCUGGUUGUUGCUACAAGCACUAUUGACAUCACGUCCAACGAGUGUUCCGGAGCAUUAGAAAUGUUCUGGCUCAAUCAGACCGAAGGCAACGGUUUUGAGAUCGAGCGGUUCUAUGUCGACCAGCGUGAAAUAUCGAAAAUCGUGCUCAACAUGUGUCUGACACCCUCACCGCACGUCAGAGGAUCGGCAGGGAGGAAGUCACAGAAGGGCGAGACUGCGGCGCCUGCGUUUGAUCGCAAUGCCCACGCGUCGGCACUCGUGCUGCUGACAUCCAACUUCAACCUGGAGACUGUAAGCAUCGUAUCGGAUCCAUUCAGCCACCAAACACCGCGUGUCCAAGGCGUAAAACGGGCCCAGACGACGUUGCCAAGUCUACGGAAGGUCCCUUCGAUGCAAAGGACGCCGCAUUUCGAUGUAGUCAGCUCGAUAUUGGCGGCGCUGCGCUCGGACGCAGCAGGGCAGAAGAAGCGCGCCAAGCACAACCUGGCGGAGCAACUGUGCAAGUCGACGGAGUGGCAGCACCGGGUACGUCACCCGAUGCCCAAGAGCGUACUGGGCGCUAUGGUCGACGCCGGGUGCCCUACCUGUGCGCUACCGCCACCAAAUAUCGUGCUGAACCGGCUCCUACAUGUGGCGACGGUUCGACACCUCAGACAGAGCUAA